CAUAGGGAUAAAGAGAACCGAAGGCAACAAUUACAACUCCAGGCAUCUUACAAAUAUUCCAGACAUAACCUGCUCUCCAGGAGAUGACUAUCCGGAACUUCGCCAUUGAAUAUGAUGCCUUAAAUGAUCGUAACACCUUCAGCAACGGGGACACUCUGACAGGCAGGGUUAUUGUGGAGGUGUCAAAGCAAACCAAGAUUACAUCGCUUACGGUGCAGGCGAAAGGCAAGGCUAAUGUGGCAUGGACUGAGACACAUGGGGAAGAGAGUGUGACGUACUGGGAUAAAGAGAAGUAUUUUUCACAAACACAGUCUGUCUUACCGGAGGAUAAAGCAGAUGGCUCUAUGACCCUUGUGGCCGGCAGACAUGUCUUCCCUUUCGCCUUUCAGCUUCCCAACGAGGGUCUGCCAUCUUCAUUUAAAGGCGUUCAUGGUAAAAUUCACUACAGACUUUUGGCCAAGUUGAGCAGGUCUUUCCGUGCUGCGAGCAAAGCUGAAGUAAAGUUCACGUUUGUCGCCAGAGCUGAUUAUGAUCUGUCAACACUGAUGACACCUCAACAUGGCAGCAAGGACAAGAAUGUCAUAUUUUUUGCUUCUGGAAAUAUUUCAAUGGAUAUUUUCUUACCAAAGACAGGAUACCAGCAAGGUGAAGGGCUUAUUGUCCAAGGCGAGAUUGUCAACAGCUCAACUCGCAAAAUUGUGCCAAAGUACAUUAUCUACCAGAAGCAGAGCUUUUUUGCUGGAGGCCAGAGAGCCGUGCACACCACAGAGAUACUGAAGGAGAAAGGAGAGCCUUUAGUGUCAUCCACCCGAGAGAAUCUGAAUAAAGUGUUGCCUCUUCCUCCAGAGAUCAGCUCCACCAUUGAGAACUGCAGGAUUCUCAAAGUUGAGUACAGGCUAAAGGUUAUACUGGAUGUUUCAUUCACUAAAAAUCCUGUGAUUAAACUCCCAUUUAUUGUACUACCUCUGUGUAAGGAGACCUCAUCCAAAGUGAUGGAAGGACUAUAUCCAGACCUGGCAAAAAUGAAGAUUUCCGAUUAAUAUAAAACAUGGGAAGUACUUUUGUUUAGAUUUAUUGUAUCAGACAAAGUAAAAAAUGUUAUAUUAAAAACAAACCAAAAAUUUAUAUGAACGCACGAAUGAAAUGUGCAAAAAUGUAAGGUGUAUAUUUAUGUUAGAAAUGAACUUCUGCAAACAAACAAAAAUCUUGUUUAAGAAUGAGACCACACACACAUUUAUGGGUGCUGCAUAUAAUUUUGACUCUUCUAAAGCAUAAAAAUAACAUAAUAUGUUUGCCGAUAUUUAAGAAACAUGGUGAACAUACAUGUUUAUCGGAAAAACAAUGCUAAAGUCAGAUAUUCUGCUUUGUAAUGUGUGCUAUGUGCCGGAAUGUCUGUCUUUGUUUUGAUCAUUUAAUCCGCCCAAUGCCACAAUUAUAUUUCAGCACCCCAUUGCCUUGGUGGAAAACAGCGUAUUUCAUUCAUUCAGUCAGGAAGGCUCUCAAAGUGUGCGUUUGACCAAAAUGCGACCUCCGGUGGACAGUAAAAAUGAGACGCAGAUUCAGAGUUCCACAUAAGGUGGUUAUUAAUUAGAAAAUAAUAUCAAUGUUCUGAAUGUAAACAUCAGGUGAGCAGGUUACAUUGUCACCCUGUGUCCUUACAACACGCUAUGUGACAAGAUUUGCAGUGAUAAGCACUUUGGCUGUUUGCACCAAAUAAAACAGGACAGAAAUGUACAGCCAUUCAGAAGCACAGAAUAGUACACUCCCUGCACUCUAACAAAACGGUAAGGUAUACAAUUUUUAAAAUGUUGUGAAUCAACCAACAAUCACGAUCUAAAAACGUAGCUCUGACUAGCCUCCAACUUGAAUGCUGAUAGGGGUUUGAAUGCUAUUUCAUUAGAAGCAUAAAAAUAAAUGCCUCAAUGAAAAUAUAAUAAAAUAGAAUUUCACCACGAGAAAAUGAACUCCUGCAACUUUAAUACUUUAUUUUUCAUCAUUUCAAUUCAGUUGUUUGCUUUUUCAAAACGCCAGUGUUCUUCUUCAAAUUAUACUUAUGUUUAUAUCUGCUGCUGCUUUCAGUAGAAUGGGAAUAAGUCAGACCCCUUAGUUUUUCACGAUUCUGCGAUUGCUGAAUUCAACGCAAAAUCAACAAAAAGUCGCAAAUUUUUGCAAUCCUGCUAAAUUCUUAAUUAAAUGCAAAAUAACAGCAAAAAAUUUAAAUAAUAUCAUAAAACAUCAAACUCCAGACCAUUUAAUCAAAUCAUAUUUAUUUUAGUUUGCAAUGAAUUGUUUUACAUGGUUCAUAGAGGUUGCAUACGCAGCGCACAUGAUGUAUUUGAGUGUCUCUCGAAAAAUGGCGUCUCACCUGCUCCCUCACAAUCAUUACGUUACACGGAAUGGGAGGCAGGGGGAGUUUUCAGCUUGUUCAGUAAGCAGACGCAGACGAAGAGUGAGUGAUUUACAUGUGAAGUUACAGCAAAGAUGAAAUAUAGAUAUCUUGUGGCGUGAAUUGGGUGUUUUGUGCAUUUGAUAGGCUUCAGACUGCAAAAGAAAGUUGGAACGGAGCAAUAGAACAGACAGGUGGAGAUGAGAUUGAUUCAAGGGUGACUGCCGCUGGAUGUGACCGAAUUGAAGGACAUUAUUUUUGCUUUACAUUUAUGGCUGGUAUUAUGGUGUGCGUCAAAUCGAUAACUUAUUUGGUUUAACUCUUUCUCUGCAGUUAACGAGAGAAAACGCUUCCCUGCUAUUGACGAGUUUUACGGCAAUCUGUGUUUUAGGUGUAUUACGGUAAGGGAAGCCUUAACGCAUGUCCUAUAUGUGACGAUUUCAGAUGCUUUGGGGAGUGAAAUCUGAGGAAAAAUUACUAUCGUGGAUAAUAAUAAGAGUAAUCCAACCUUUCUAUGGCUUAAUCCCCACCGUUUUAGAUCUUGUCUUGACAAGAAGCCAAAUAA